CUAGGGUGUUUUUCUUCUCUUUGCACUACUGUACUGCUAGCGGGCGGAGCGGCGCUUUCUUGAAAGCAGUUGGGAUGCUGUAAUCAGGUUUAGAUUGCAAGGGCAUAAGAAGAAUUAUUGGAGGCUACCCUCUUCCCUUGCCCCAUUAUGGAAGCCCCUCUUACUGGAAACUUGCCAAGCCUGAGUACAUUUUGGAAGCCCCUACCUGUUUGGGCUGGCCUUUGGGCUUAGGUUUCAGUUGGGGAAGGGUGACUAUGGAGAUCAGUGGCCUCCCGCUGGAGUUGUGGCGUCUGAUCUUGUCUUACUUGCGCCUCCCUGAUCUGGGCCGAUGCAGCUUGGUGUGCAGAGCUUGGUAUGAGCUCAUCCUCAGCCUGGACAACACCCGAUGGAGGCAACUGUGCUUGGGCUGUAUUGAAUGCCGGCAUCCGAACUGGCCCAACCAGCCAGAUGUUGAACCCUGGUCAUGGAGAGAAGCGUUCAAGCAACAUUAUUUAGCUUCAAAAACCUGGACCAAAAACAGCCAAGACCUCGAAUCCUCCAACUGCUUCUACUUGUUCAGGCGGAAGAGAGACAGGCGUGUUCUUUGUGUUGGGCCUGGCUGCGAGUUUGACAAUCUCAGGAGUGCCUUGCUGUCAGCCAGCAUUUAUGACAGAAUUGUGCUGUUGCCUGGAGUGUAUGAAGAGCAGAGUGAAAUCUUCCUAAAGGCACCUGUGGAAAUUAUGGGGAGGGGCAAGCUUGGUGAAGUGGCUCUCCUGGUGAGUUUUGACCAGCACUGUCCAACCAUGAGGUUAUGCAAUUUGGUAUUCAUGCCAGCCUGGUACACACCAAUUGUCUAUAAGACAACCUCGGGCCAUGUCCAGUUUGACAACUGCAACUUUGAGAGUGGUCAGCUACAGAUUCACGCCCCAGGAACGUGCCAGGUUAAGUUCUGCACUUUCAAUCAGUCCAGCAUCCAUUUCCACAAUGUGGCAGUCUCUCUGCUGGAAAACUGUGAGUUCGCUGGGAGUGAAAAUGCCUCUGUGACUGUAGAAGGUAGCCCAUCGUUGGACAGGAACUGGGCCUGCAAGCACUUGACUAUGCUGGCAAAAUCCCGCUCUGUUUUGCUACAUGCGUCAGAGGCUCCCCUUUGUGACAUAUCAAAGUUUGAGAACCGGGGACACCUACCAAUGAGGAACGUAAGGACCUGUGAAAUUGUGGUAGAUGGGGAUCCAAGUAACUUAUUUUCUGCUGCACACACUCAAGCAGUGCUGGAGAGAGGUGGUGAGAAGGAGAAUGAAGUCACUGGGAACCUUGUGACAGCACACAAAGAGGAGGCCUUGACUAUGGAUUCAGAUUCUAGUGACAGCGAACUGAGCUUGAGCAGCGAGGAGGAUGAAGACUCAAUGUACAAACUUCCAUACCAAGCUCAUAGUCUGAGCCACAUGCUGGCCAAGGUUAUUCACAGUAGGCCGCAAACCAAUGGGCUGACAGCCCUUCAGAGUGACUAUGAGCUAAAAACUCUGCAUCAAGAGAUGCAAAAGGACAAGGAGGCCCAGUCACUUGCCAACAAUAUGCAAGGAUGUCUCAUUCAGAAAUGCCUUUUCAGGGACGGAAAGGGAGGCGUCUUUGUCUGCUCUCAAGGGCAUGCCAGAGUGGAAGGGAGCAUCUUCAGGGACCUGACCUAUGCUGUGCGAUGCAUACAAAACAGUAAGAUUGUCAUGCAGAAGAAUGACAUUCACCACUGUAAGACCUCAGGGAUAUUUCUGCGCCUCGGUGCAGGAGGCUUGAUUGCUGAUAAUGAUGUUUAUUCCAAUUGUGAAGCUGGCAUGGAUAUUCGCAAAGGAGCCAACCCUCUGAUCCUGUGUAAUAGGAUCCACAGUGGCCUUCGCUCCGGCAUCGUUGUCCUUGGCAACGGAAAAGGCAUCAUCCGUAGCAAUCAAAUAUAUGGAAAUAAAGAGGCUGGCAUUUACAUUCUGUAUAAUGGCAACCCUCUGGUGAGUGGGAACCAUAUCUUCCAAGGUCUUGCUGCUGGCAUUGCUGUGAAUGAGAAUGGAAGAGGCCAAAUAACAGAAAAUGUCAUCCGAGAGAACCAAUGGGGAGGUGCCGAUAUCCGUCGUGGAGGUGACCCUAUCCUCAGAAGUAACCUGAUCUGUUGUGGGUAUUCAGACGGAGUGGUUGUUGGAGAGCGUGGGAAAGGACUCAUUGAAGGAAACACCAUUUAUGGUAACAAAGGCUGUGGUGUUUGGAUAAUGUCAUCGAGCUUCCCCCACAUCUCAAAUAAUCAAAUUGGGCACAAUAGCAUCUAUGGAGUUGCGGUGUUUUGCCGGAAGGAUGAUGCUAAUGACUAUCUUGCCAACCAAGGGGGCAAUGAGAACUUCAACGAUGAGGGGGAAGCUGCCAACUGGGAGAAUGACCUGGAGAGUGAGGAUGAGCGCUUGACUUCCCGAAGGUCCAUCAGUGUGGCUCUUGUGGAGUCAAACAACAUCAACCACAAUGGGGCUGCUGGUUUGUAUGUCAAGAGCAGCGAGGCCUUGAACAUAAUAGGAAAUGCCAUCCAUGCUAACCACGACUGUGGUGUUGCUGUGUUUCAAAGCUCCCAGCUCACACGAAUAGCAAACAACAGCAUCUCGUGCAACAGCCUUGAUGGAGUCCUUGUAGAAGCAGAGUGCAAAGUGGAACUACGCGGCAAUGGAAUCUAUGACAACAGCAGCUGCGGGGUUGCUUCCAAGGGCGAUGGUGUUGUGAUUGAGAAUGACAUUUUAGGAAAUCAGGGGGGCGGCCUCAGGUUGUUGCUCGCGGCUGACAUGAAGAUAACCAAAAACAGAAUCUACUGUUUUCGAGGUUAUGGAAUUGAGAUGCUUGACCAGACCAAGGCCCUGGUGCAAGACAACCUCAUUUUUCAAGGGAAGUCCAAAAAGACCAUUUUGCAGCAGGUAUCCAGCACUGAAGGUUGCAUCAUUCAGAACAACAAGCUCCUUGCUUUAAAAAAAAGGUCUGAUGUUGCCUGGACUCUGGAGAACCCUCCAGCACGACCUCACAUUGAAGGAUCCUCCCGGGGAGUGUCCACAGCUGGGAACAGUCAAAAAGUCACAAACAUGACAGCCAGGAUAGCAGCUAGAGUGGAUGGAGGCUGCCAUAACAACGGUAGCAUCUUUUGCACUAUUCUGUGAUUUUGCACUAUUCUGUGCAUUAUUUUCCUUGGCCUUUUCUUUGGCUCAGAGACCAGACUGGGAACAUUUCCUAUGAGUAUUCACUGCAGAAGCAAAUGGUUGCUUUUAUUUAAUCUAUUAGUGUGAAAUCCACCAAAUAGUGUGGAUGUAUAGGGGAAAUGUGGCUAUGGCUGGCUACGUCUCUUUCCACUUGGCUUUGCUCCACCCUCCAUUCCUUGGGACCCUUACCACUGCUGUCUCACCUGCACUCUUACCUUAGUGUUGUUCUUUCCCCUCCCGUCCUAUUUAGCUGUAGCCCAUCCUGGACAUGUUAGUAAGAGGAAAAGCAGUGCCUUUGUGACAUCAACAGCCAUUAGACCAAUCCUUACCCUUGUCUUAGAUUUCUUUGGCCCUUUUCUCAGAUAUGUUGAUUGCUCAGAAAUUGUUCUGAGUUGGGAAUGAGUAUUGGCCUAAUGGCUGCUGAUGGAACAAAGUGCCAUCCUUAAAGCAAUGGAAAUCAGUCCUAUUACCUUGUACAAUAUUUGCAGGUAAAAGGAGCAGUGAUGUGUGGAGGGCUUUUUUCCAGGUGAAAGGUUGGAAGCUCCUCAAACACAAUCUGUUACUUUUCCCUCCUUCUCAGCUUUUAGUAGUAUUUACCUUCUCGUACCAACAGAGUGGUUUAGAGGAGGGUGGUGAACUGACUGGCAGAGAUUUGUAAUAGGGGUGGAGUGUUGUAAAAGAUUUUAUCUCUCCUAAAAAUAUGCCACUUCUGACAACUAAGGUAUCAGGAGGGUACAUAACCACCAGCUAUUUAUUUAAUGUAUUUUUCUUGUUUAGACAUCGUAGCCCUCUUGAGACUAUACAUUAUAGUGCAUACAGGACUGUACUUGUGUACAUGUCUUUUUGGAGAUGACUCUGUGUGUGUUUAUUUAAAAGGUGGACCUGGGUACAGGUUCCCUCAAGUGCAGGGUACAGAUGAAAAGCAUAAUGUUGUGAAAGCGUUGAACAGAACAUCUGGAUACCUGUACACGCAGAGCUGUAUGUGUGUACACUGUACAGAGAUGGUACCUGUGUUGAACAUAACAUGUGAAUAGUACUGUUCGCUCUUAGCAGUUGCCAAAAAGCCAGUUGGUCUGGAUGCCAUAGUUAUGCUGAAGACCUAGCCAUAGUGGUCUCCCUGAUAACCAGCAAAGAAGUCUUGGAGUAGCUUAAAAUUAGCAUUUUUCUAAAAAUGGCAGUUGCAGGGGCGUAGAUAGACGAGAGGGGGCCCGUGUUCAUCCCUCUCUCUGGCGGUCCCCCAGAGUGAGGGAGACAAUGAAGAAAAUAGGGAGGGAUGGAGCUGGAGGACCUUCAGGAGCUGAAAGCCUGUGCUCUUUGAACCCUUUUGCUCAACUAUAGCUACACCCCUGGGCACUUGUUUUCUUGUGUGCUGAAAACUUAGCACAGUUUGUGGUAUAGAGUCUGGGACAUGGCAGACCAGUAAUACCAAGCAGACCUCCACAAGAGCUUCGUCCUGAAUUGGAGCAUGUUGACUACUUUGCUAGUAACUGGGUGAAUUUGCAACAAAAGAAUGUAGUGCAGCUUGUACACUGCAAAGGAUUUCUCAGAGGAAGGAAUAGCAUAUAAGGAUCCUGGCCCCCAGUGUCAAAAUAUGUUGGCGCUAGGCUAGCUUUUAGAAUACCCCACAAAAGACCAAGAAAAUGGAUUCUUGGGGAGCUGGCAGUCUCUUCCGUCUGGGGCUCCGCAGAACUAGCAGUGGCUUUAUGUAAGAGGAUCAAAUAGAGUGUGCAGUUAGGCUACAUAUUGUGCAUUUGAAAAUAUCCUAAUAUGGCUGCCUACAAGAGAAAACUGAUCCUUGUGUUUCUAUAGAAAAAGGUUUUGGAACUCCUAAAUAGCAGGUUGGCCACCUCUGUUGGACAGAUUCAGCCUGAUUUUGUAAGAAAGACCUUAUCUGUAUCUGAGACUUUAUAAGAAUACUUUUUAAAGUCAAGGCCUUUUGUGAAAUGGCCACCCCUCUGGUCAAUGUGGGGUUUAAGAUCUUUCUUCUUCUAAUUUUGUUCUUCAUGUGGUGGGCAAUGAAGCAACUGGUGAAGCAUUUCCCAUUACUGUGUCUUCAUGUCAGGACUUUCAUGCAAAAUCUGUUGAAUGUCUACCAUGCCAGUGUUAAAAGCAUAAAGACAGCAGGGGGAGGUGGGGGGAGGCUGCCCUGUGUGAGACCCAGGUCUGAAGCAGUUUGAUGGAAGCUGUGCGUGAUAAAGGGAAAGCCUCCUGUGUUGAUUAGAUGGUUUUGCUUUUUUCCAAAGCACAAACAAAAAAUGUCCUCAAUGUUUGUCUAACAGUGAAGACAAUAGAUUCCUACCUUGGUAACCGAUGCAGGAAUUCUGCUUAUAGCAUCCAUCCCCCAGAAAUAGCUCUCACAAAUGUGCCUCCACAAUACACAGCAUGCGUGUGAAUUCACACACACAGGCAUUUGGGUCUCCCUGGGUUGUCAGCAUUUAUUAUUAGCCUGUUCUUCUGCCUUUUGACUGCAGCUUGGUCUGAGGUAGGGUGUCACCUGAUUAAAUAAACCAUAAUCAAUUAGUCGUACAAACUUUAGUUGAUUUAAUUAAUUCUACAUAAACUUGCACAUGAGAGAAAUUCUAAAGAAGAGAGCAUGCAUUGUUCUUAGAUGAUGCCUGUAUGCGGUUUCAGGUGUCAUUUCAGGAGAGGCAUUUUCUCUUCUUGCUCGCACACAGGAAGGAAUACCUCUCCUAAGAUGGCUCUUUGCAUCUGGUGUUUUUGUUAGGUAUUGAAUAUUUUUUUAAAAAAAUCUACUGGCAGAUUAAUCAGAGUUCAUCAAAGUGUGUUUAAACCAUCAAUUAAACAUUGUUGCCCUUAUCUGUAGAUACUGGCAGGGGAUAAUACUCAUCUUCAUGACAUGGAGGUUUAUGCAGCAGAAGCAGCUGUUUAAAGCGAAAGGUGCAGGCCUGGCUCUUCUUUUGUGGUCUGUUGGCAACCCUAACCCUGAUCCAAGUCCACUAUAUUAUACUGGUUGCUUCUAGGGUGUUUGGAUAAGAGACUAUGAAAAGUUGUUCCAUAGCUCAAGGCAAAACUUCAUUUGAGUCUGGCUGCUGGCCUGUGCUACAGUCUGCAUGGCUUUGUAGAAAUUCCUUGCAGGCUAUUGCUGCAAUCCUGUGCACACUUACUUGACUGUUCAAUUGAAAUUAGUGGGAAUACUUCUGACUUAGUAUGCGUUGGAUUAGGCUCCAAGUUGUCAAAGGUAUUCUACAAUAGGAGUUGCAACUCAACUGAUGCUAGUUGUGCUUAUGUUUGUACUAUAUGUCACAUUUGCCCAGAAGAAAAUUCCACUAAGUUCAGUGGGGCUUAUGAUGAGGGAAGUGUGCCUAGGGUUGCAUCCAGAGUCCCAUGGAAACCAAUGUUAUAGAUUAGUCACAACUAACAUGACCUAGACUGGGGCCAUAGCCUUCCCACUUCUUUCACUGCAGGCAGCUACUACUAUUUUUAAAAGACUUAUAAAGUUUUUAACUCUGUGUUGGAUUAUAACCUGUUCCAUGGUACUAGGGUUGUUGUUUUUUUAAAAAUGAAUUUUAAAAAAAAUUGUGUAAAGUUUUAUUAAGGAAAACCUGUAUAUUACAAAAUAAAAGUGCUAUAUUUUAAACACUGA